CUGAGAGCUCUUUACGGUCGAGGAGUUAGCGUCGUUAGCAUAGCAACAUCAUGGCGGUGUCCGCACGAGCACAGGUGAUCUCUCUGUACAGAGUGAUGCUGACGGAGAGCAAGAAGUUCCCCUCGUACAACUUCAGGACCUAUGCAGUGCGGCGGGUGCGCGAUGCCUUCAGGGCCAACAGGAAAGUGGAGGAUCCAAAAGCUGUGGAGAGACUGAUGGUGGAGGGACAGCAGACACUGGAACUGAUAAAGAGACAGGUGACACACACACACAGGGGUUAACCUGGUUAACUAGUAUGCAGAUGAACACCCGUUUAUUGAACGUCCACCUGUCGCACAUGCUCCCUUAUUACCACAGCAGCUCUGGGCUAAUCGCCUCACUGUUGGUCACUUUGUUCCCAUGAUGCAUCAGCAGCCUGUCAGCCAAUCCCAACAGGGGAUUCUCCAUCUCUCUGCCUGCCUCUUUCAUCUCUCUCACACACACACACACACGAUCUUCUCCUGCGUUUAUA